GAGACCUUUCACCUGGUGGGUGGAAGUUGCCCUUGGCCAAUGGUUGGCUGUGUUGUGGUCCUCCCAGAGGAGAGUGUGGUAAGGGGUAAGUGGAGGCCUUCUCCCCGAGCCCCUCCAGGCCCUCCCACCUUGAGCGGGCAGCUGUUCUUUCCAAGGUUACUUGGACUAAAGAUUGAGACAGCUGAGAGCUUGAUCUGACUUGUCUGCUGCUGGAGAGAUCCCAGCCUGUCAUGAAGUGCUGUGUCUUCUUCAUGCUCAUGAGUACUGCUGGAGUCAUUCUGGCAGAAACUUCUAACACUGAGAAGACAAAUGAAGUAGAUUUUACUAUUCCUUAUAUGGUCUACCUGCAGUCCUUCCCAGAGCCCUGUGUGGGGACACUUAUUCACCCGCAGUGGGUACUGACCGCUGCGCACUGCCUCUCUCCUGUUAAAAUCCGAUUGGGAAUUUAUCAACCCAACAUCAAAAAUCAGCACGAGCAGACCCAGAGUUACUCAAUGACUGUGCCCUACCCUGACUUCAACUCAGAAUAUCUGAGCAAUGACCUGAUGAUGAUAAAACUGUCUGAGGCUGUUAAACUCACCACCCAAGUGGGAACCAUAGCCAUAGCUAUGGAACCCUUAUCACUUAAUGAAUCCUGCUUUAUCCCAACCUGGACCUGGAGUAAAUAUAAAAACCUUAGUGACCCUGACAUCCUGACGUGGAUAAGCCAAUAUACUCGUCCCUACGAUGAGUGCCAGAAUAUGCAAGACGAAAGAAUGUCAGUAAACAUCAUGUGUGUGGGGCACCCUCUAAAGACCCUAACUGAUACUAAGGAAGUCUCAGCAGCUCCAGCCAUCUGCAGAGGGAGGGUACAUGGAAUCUUGAGUUGGGCAAAAGGAAGUGUCACCCUUGGAAAUGAAGGAUUCUUCACAGAAAUCAGUUCUUAUUCAAGAUGGAUCAUGAGCAUCAUUGAAAACUACUGAGGUGUCUCUCAAUCCCCUCAGUGCACUACCUUCAUGAUUUCCACCCUGGAUCUACAACUCUCUUUAUUAUGUUUCUUGUUCUUGAGCAGAAUUCAUUAAAAAGAAAUGACACUAAAAACUUA